AUGGAGCCGCAAAUUAUGGACAACGAUCUGUCUCCUCCCGUUCGUUCGGGGUCGCCUUCCCCCUCCGUGCCUGCCACACCAGCCAUCUCUUCGUAUUCUUCGCCAGAUCGAACCUUCUCCUCCGUCUCAUCCCACUCCGCAUCUUCAGCGACCUCGGCCGAUGCACGGUCUUCGGUCUCGACUUCGUCCCGCCGCCAUGGAUAUAUCCGCGCUUUCGGCGCGGAAUUCGCCGAAUCAGCUCGCCAUCGAGACAGUGUCAUGAGCCUGGGCAGUAUCGCCCAUUUACAAUAUUAUUUUGCGAGGACGGGCCUGCUGGAUGGGAAGUCAGGCCGUGGAAAAGAGUUCAAAAAGAAGAAUAAGGACAAUGUUCCCCGGGUGCUCAUUACGCCUAACGAGCAGCAUAUCGAUGACCUUGUGGACAGUCCGACGGAUAUGUCAGAGUCGGCAGAGGCUGAUUAUUUGGAGGAUGAAGAAGGGGAGGUAAUGCUACCUCCCACAGUUAGCACUUACAGUAUCAAGACACAUCACAUUCCACCUCCGCCAGAUCUGAUCACUCUUCGACGAGAUUUACAAAUGGCAUUGGACAAGGCGGAGGCCAUUAUCGAGGCAAUUGAGAAUGGCGCAGAACCUUCGCCCCGUGAGCCUGUUCGCACCAGUCUUUCUCCGAGUGAUAUCUCGGAGAAUAUGGAAGAUGAUGGAUCGCGGAACGUGCCGACUCCGCAGAACAAGGAGGAAGCCCAAGGAAUGUGCAUUCUAGAUGACGUGACAUUGGCCAUCCGAGCAGCCAAGAUCUAUUACACCACCCAUGAACAUCCGGAGCACUUGGCUUCAAUCAAAAGCGAGCGUGAGAUUCGCAAGGAUCUUUUCCAUGUGCUCGAUGUUCUGAAGCGCUGGGCUGCCAGACACUUUGCCACAGGACUUCGGGAUGAGGAACGCGAUGUGAUCAAGGGAUGGAUUUCCGGUGUUCGCAUCAUGCUUGUUCGCGAGAAGGCAUUGGAAGACCUAGAGGCUCAGGAGCGUGAGAACUGGGACUGGGCCCAGGGGACUGGACCGGACGCGAGCGAGCACGCGAGGAAUCAUUCCUUCGGAUGGACGCCGGUCGAAGACACGCCCAGCGACUCCCUCCCAACAGCAUUUCUCGCACGUUUCAGGGAUGGCCGUAUUCUGGUGCAGUUGCACAACAUUGCCGUGAAAAAGUCCAAGCGUCCGUUUGGCGAGAUCAAGGCAUACCACGCAGACGUUGCGAAACCGUAUCGACAGGCAGAUAACCUCCGUUUCUGGAUCAAAGCCGCUGAAUUGCGAUGGGAGCUUCGACUCAAAGUCGACGUCAUGGAUGUGGUACAUGGUAGUAGCGAAACGGCCUGGGAGCUAUUCGACACAGCCUUAAUGGCCUGGUGCAAGACGGUACGCGAGGAGCUGGUGCGAGACUGGCAAGCAGCCAACCCAGGUCGACCACCGAGUGCCGGUCUGAUCUGA